CGAUGAUAGAAAGCACAACGGUAACGGAACUUUUCGAUGUAACUAUCCACUGUAAUAAAAGCACAUUUAAUUGAUGUGGCAAACCUUCUGCCAUCCUGGCGCAGCUAUGCGCCACGCAACACGCGUAAACAUGGCACCACCCACCACACCGACUAUGGUGCAAGUGCUUCCUCGGUGCGAGCGGUCCCGCAAAUAUUUGCUUUAGUUGCGAAGCGUCGAGGUGGUUGACGCGGCGGGGCAUCACCAUGGCAGCAACAGUUCCCUCGCAUAAGGUCAUCCCUGGGACCGGAGGCACGAUUGUUGUCGAUGCAUUUCGCUACGCCCACCCUGGCAUUAAGGCUUACUUCCUAACCCAUGCGCAUAGCGACCACUACACCGGCCUGUCCGAGUCCUGGUCCGCCGGCCCCGUCUACUGCUCCCCCGUGACCGCCCGCCUGGCCGCGCACCUGUGCGGGGUGGCGCCCGCCUGGCUGCACCCGCUGCAGCUGGGCACACCGCAUGUGGUGGCAGGUGUGGAGGUGACGCUGGUGGAUGCAAACCACUGCCCGGGCGCCGUGCAGCUGCUGUUCCGCCUGCCCGGCAGCGGGUCGCGCUACCUGCACUGUGGCGACAUGCGGUUCAGCCCCGCCAUGACCCGCUGCCCGCUGCUGGCGGGGUGGCGGGGCUGCGAGGGCGUGUUCGCGGACACCACCUACUGCCACCCGCGACACGCCUUUCCAACGCAGGAGGAGGCGGUAGACUACGUGGUUCGCAGCCUGGGAGCGAUGCUGGCGGAGGACAGGGAGGAGGGACAGCAGGCAGCAGCAGAGGAGGAUGAGGGGAGGCAGCAGCAGCAGCAGCAGCACCCGGAGGCUUCGGCAGCAGAUACGACCAAGGGUAGCACUGCAGCCGGCGCUGAGAGGACAGCAGCAGUGCAGGCGGCGAGGGCAGCUUGCGGCUUGGCGCU